AUGGGGGUGAACCCCUACGAGGCAGACCCCAAGCGGGUGCCGAAGAAGGAUCCGUACCUCAGUCGAAGCUCUUACUACGGACGCUAUGCGCCUCAGCCUGACGAUUUUGAACCCAAAUUCAGUGAUUGGCACAGCUCCGAAACCGAAACACAGCGAGAGUAUUGGGCGGAAAUCGUUGAGAAAUACUGUACACCCAAAAACUCGCUGAACGUUGUCGGGUCUCGCGCUGCGUUCGCAAUCGGUAAGGUGCUGAUACUUGUGGAUGGCGAUCGCGCUGAAGGCACUGCGGCCGAGCGAUACACGCGCCUGAAUGCGAAUGAGUUGAUCGCCUCCAGGAAAGCCGAAGAACACUUGAAAGAUUUAAAUGUCGCUGUCCCCACCAUACUCUUCUGCGGAACAAUCGACGAAAAGAAUGUCGUGGUCGAAACCCGUAUACCUGGAGUAUCACUGGAAGUCGCAUGGAACUAUCUAUCGACGAGCGAAAAGGAAAGUUUCAAGGCACAAUGUCAGCGCAUUCUACAACGUCUCACGGCUAUCGAUGAUCAUCCCGCGUCCCCGUCAUAUGUAUGUGAAGGUUUGAACGGCGUGCCACAACCAGAAAUAGCCGAUGUCGAACACGAUAUUUUAUUUGCGCAGAAGGAAGAGGAUGAAGUUCUAUGCCUGACGCAUAAUGACAUGGUGCGAUCGAACAUCAUAGUUGAUAAUGGUCGGGUAGUCGCAAUAACUGGUUGGCGGCAUAGCGGCUACUUUGGACACGAACGGGCGCAGAAGAUUCAUCGUUUACUUCGUAUACCUGAACGUUCACACAUCUUUUCAUCUGGCGAAAGAUCUACACAGGAUCAGGCAUGGGCUGAUCUGUACGACUUCUUGGACCCUAGCAGAGAAUCUGUGGAAGACAAUAAUGAUAAUGACAGCGAGCCCAGAGUCAAGACAGAAGUCCCUGCCGCUAGUAUAGAGAAGGUCCCUGCCGCGCAGUCUGGGGCUCGCACUCCGCAAUAUGACGGUGUCGAUGAACACCCUACACCAAAGAAAAUCCAUGAUCUGAAACGCGGAUCGACCUCAAGAGCAUCAUCUAUGGACAGAUCAUCGCCAUCAGCUCCAUUGAUUCCAUCGAAACUUGGACCCAAUGCUCGAAAGCCCUCAUCCGUAUCCACGAAGAAAGCAUCUAUCGCGACCAAAAUUCCGUCGAAGAAACGAAAGAUUGAUGCUUUAGAUACUGAAAGUGUUGGUGAACGGCGGUCAAACAGUCCAGCAUCUUCGGUUAAAGGACCAACUGCUAAGAAGCGAGCAUCUUCUUCGGUAACAGGAUCGCCAGGCCCAGAAAGCAAGAAGAAGAGCAGGCCCACAAAGAAGAAGCCUCCGGGGAAACAAGGCGGGGCAGUCGCUCCCUCUGCGAAUGGACAACCGCAGGAAGAGGAGGAUGACGAAGGCGGUAGCGACGUCGAGAAUCCCCAUGAAAUCUUCUGUAUCUGCCGCCGACCUGAUAAUCAUACGUGGAUGAUUGGCUGCGACGGUGGGUGUGAUGACUGGUUUCAUGGGAAAUGUGUCAAUAUCAAGCAGGAGGAUGAAGAACUGAUUGAUCGAUAUAUAUGUCCCAACUGCAAUGAGGCUGGAAAGGGUCAAACGACAUGGAAACCAAUGUGUCGCUUAAAGGGUUGCAGGAAACCAGCACGAGUAUCCAAAUUGAGAAUUAGCAAAUACUGCUCAGAUGAGCACGGUCGUGAGUUCAUGCGUCAAAUGACAGGACAACUUAAAUCAAUGCAUGCCGGUUCUUCUUCGACACUUACUCCGUCGGCCCUUGACCGUGUUCGGGAAAUCAGUCGAAAUCGCGAUAGCCGCAGUGUCGAUGGCGACGGCGACUCCGUCAUGGAUACCAAUGACGAAGAUGACGAGCAUGAUCAUCGUGGUCGACCCGUACCCGAAGAGCUAGGCAGCAGAGGCGGUAUCCUGACGGUCAGUGAUCUCAAGGCUGUGAUCAUGGGGGUAUCAUCUUCUGUCGAGUUCCGACGAUUGGGCAAUACGUUGAUAACGCCUCCACCCUCAACUUCACCGCCAGCGAGACAAAUAGAGUCGAAAGCUAAGGAAGAAGAUGAUGACGAAGAUGGAGAAGAGGUCAUGGGAAUGAAGUCAAAAGGAAAGAAAGACGGUAAAGAAACUGCUGCAGCCCAAGAUGAUGACGAUUUCGAACAAGAAGAAUUAUUCAAGUCAAACAAACUGGGCUUAGACGUCAAUCCACUGGGUGUCAAUUACUCGGCCGCAGAGGAAUCCAAAUUACAAGAACUACGUGCACGACGCGAACAGUAUCGUCACCAGCGACGGAUGAUAGCACGACGCAAUGAGUUCUUGGGCUUGGUCAGGGCGAAAGCAAAAGCGGUACUGGAUCGCCUCAAAGCCAAAGAGCCUAAGGGCGGUUGGAAAGAUAUCUGCGGCUGGGACGCGCGCAUGUCUUGGAAUGAGGAAGAACUCGAUGAUUGGCGUCAGAACACGGAAACAGGUCGAAAGGCUUUUCAAGAGGGCAAACUCGAAGCCGAGCCGAUUGAUAGUCUUGCCAGCAACGGCGUUGCUAUUAGUGAUGAAGAGGAUGACGAUGACGACGACGACGGGAAAAACAAGAAGAAGAACAAGAAUAAUCGUAAUAAUAGUACCACCAAAGACACCGAAUUCGCCGAGUUUUCUCGAGGCGUAUGCUUGAAGAAACGGUGCGAUCGACAUAAACAAUGGGUCAAAAUCGUGCAGCAAGACAUUGCAUUCGAGGAGGCUAUGCUGAAAAGUGAAUUUGAGGCAUGCGAGAAGGAAGCCAAUGCGAUCGCUGAGGGAGCGGUUUUGAGGAUACAUGCUGCUUGA